CUCUGACAAAAGCUUCUUUUUGGCGGCAAACCGCCGGAGCUGCCCCUCCCUCCCUCUUCUCCGCCCCCAAAGACUGCCAUCAGCAGCACCGGCACAGAGCUUCGGCGUCAUCUCCAGCUCCGCCCCAUCACAAGCCACCGAGCUUGCAGCCGCUGGGGUCCGCUAUUUAUGAGGCUAGGGCUUCAAUGGAGGCGGUGGCGUCGGCACCUUCAGCUUCCCCCUCCAUCCUACCGAUCAGCCGCAGCGCCGUCCACAAAAUAUGCGCCGGCCAGGUGAUCCUUGACCUCUCCUCCGCCGUCAAGGAGCUGGUCGAGAACAGCCUCGACGCCGGCGCCACCAGCAUUGAGGUCGCCCUCAAGGACUACGGCCAGGAGUGGUUCCAGGUCGUCGACAACGGCUGUGGGAUCUCGCCCGCCAACUUCAAGGUUCUUGCUCUCAAGCAUCACACAUCGAAGCUCAACGAUUUCCUCGACCUUCAGUCUUUGACCACUUUCGGCUUCAGAGGGGAGGCGCUGAGCUCCCUCUGUGCUUUAGGGAAUUUGUCCGUGGAGACUAGAACCAAGAAUGAGACGGUUGCCACGCACUUGACCUACGACCACUCGGGUUUGCUUACAGAAGAGAAGAAAUCAGCACGGCAAGUCGGUACAACAGUUACCGUGAAGAAGUUGUUUUCUAAUCUGCCCGUGCGCAGCAAGGAGUUCAGUCGAAACAUUCGCAAGGAGUAUGGGAAGCUGAUAUCCUUGUUGAACGCAUAUGCGCUUAUUUCUAAAGGAGUUCGAAUUGUUUGCACCAACACCACCGGAAGAAACGUGAAGUCCGUGGUUCUCAAAACUCAAGGAAGGGACUCUCUAAGGGACAAUAUUAUCACUGUGUUUGGUGUGAGCGCCUUUAACUGCCUAGAGCCUGUGAAUAUCUGUAUAUCAGAAGGUUGCAAAGUUGAGGGAUUUCUUUCCAAGUCAGGACAGGGUAGCGGACGCAAUUUGGGAGAUAGACAAUUCUUCUUCGUAAAUGGGCGACCAGUUGAUAUGCCAAAAGUUAGCAAGCUCUUAAAUGAGUUAUAUAAAGGUGCAAACUCAAAGCAAUAUCCCAUUGCAAUAAUGAAUUUUACCUUACCAACUGGAGCUUGUGAUGUCAACGUGACUCCCGAUAAAAGAAAACUAUUCUUUUCUGAUGAAACCUCCAUAUUGUAUGCUCUAAGAGAGGGUCUACAACAGGUUUAUUCAUCAACAAGUGUAAGUUAUUCUGUUCAUAAUGUUGAGGAUUCUACUAAGGAAUCAGAGACAUCAGAGUUAUGUACUCAUGAGAAACCUGGUUCUUUGGCAAAAAAUUCAGAACCAGACAGCAUACUUCCAGAAGAAAUUUCUAAGAUUGAGCGCAUCACAGAUGAACCUCCCCAAGAGAAAGUUGAUGAUGGAACUGAAGCCUCACCUGAAUUGGAAGUGUUAAAUCACCAUGAAGCUGAAGAAUUAGUUGACAGAGAUUUCAGUCUUAAAGUUCACAGUGCUUCAAAAGUUGAGAUUUCUAAUGGCAGGGGAGUGAGUAUGCUUUCUAAGAAUGGUGGAAUUAAGAUUCGUCAAAGUUCUCCGAUCCCUUCAGAAUCAGCUAAGAGUCUUGUUGCUCAGCGAGAGUUGAAUAGUCGACCAAGCAUUGUUCAGUCUUCACUUGAAAGAUUUGUUACUAUGAGUAAGAGAAAGCAUGGAAGCAUUAGCAGUAUAAUAUCUGAGAUACCAGUUCUAAGAAAUAAUAACCUUUGUGGUCAGUUGGAGAGAAGCGAGUCUGAUAUGGAUUGUGAGGUUCUGAAGACCACAGUUGACCACCAACAGGCUAGUGUUUCUGCUGAAUCGGUUGAAUUUGUAGCCUCAAAGCAUCCCAGAACAGAAAUCGUCGCUGAUGAAAUUAGGAUUUCCAGAACAAGCACAGAUGAAGAGCUUCAUCAGGAAUUAGCUGAGCUGCAGAGAGCAGUGCCUCUUAAGAAUGAGGUUUCAAGCUGCAAGCCUAUUGAGAGCAUCGGAGAAGAUAUAUUAGUUGCAAAUACUUCCUCAGAACCUUCAGUGACAGUCUCAGAUGUCGAAGUUCCUUGCUCUAGUCAAAAGAUAUUCUCCAGGUUUCAAUUUUCUUUUCAAGACCUACAGGCACGAAGGCAGAAGAGAUUGUUAAGAUUGCAGUCCGGUGGCUAUACAUGUCAAAGAGCAAAUCCGAAAAGCUACUAUGCUGCUGCAACACUAGAACUUUCCCAACCAGAGAAUGAGGAGCGAAAAUCAAGGGCUUUAGCUGCAGCCACAACUGAACUUGAAAGGCUAUUCGAUAAAAAAGAUUUUGGUCAAAUGAAGGUAAUAGGGCAAUUCAAUCUUGGGUUUAUCAUUGGAAAGUUGGAUGAAGAUUUAUUUAUUGUGGAUCAGCACGCAGCUGAUGAGAAAUAUAACUUUGAACGGCUAUCGCAAUCAACCAUCUUGAAUCAACAGCCUUUAUUGAGGCCUUUAAGGUUGGAAUUAUCACCGGAGGAAGAGGUAGUCGCGUCUAUGCAUAUGGACGUCAUCAGGAAGAACGGGUUUACUCUAGAAGAAGACCUGGAUGCCCCACCAGGCCAACAUUUCCGAUUGACAGCUGUUCCAUUCAGUAAGAACAUAACCUUUGGAGUGGCAGAUGUCAAGGAUCUGAUCUCUACCCUUGCUGAUGGUUACGGGGAAUGCUCGAUAAUCGGAUCUUACAAGUUGGACACUGCAGACUCCAUUUGCCCUUCUAGAGUCCGUGCUAUGCUUGCAUCGCGUGCUUGCAGAUCAUCGGUCAUGAUUGGAGAUCCUCUCGGAAGAAAUGAGAUGCAAAAAAUACUCGAGCAUUUGGCGGAUCUAAAGUCUCCCUGGAACUGCCCCCACGGGAGGCCCACCAUGCGUCACCUGGUUGACUUGAGCUCCCUUCGAAAGCGUUCAGAUGAGAACAUAGUUCUCUGAUGGACCGGCUGAUCCCCACUUGGUACUGGUCAAAGGUUUCGCUACAAUGAAACCUCUCUUGUGUAAUUUCCGUUCCAUCAGCAUAAACAAAAGCUUAGGAAAAGGAAAAACGCAGUAUAUGAAUAUCAGCUCAUUGAAGAAAACAAUACGGCAGGCGGGUGAUUUUUUUUUUUGGUGAAUCUCCGGUGACACACGGAGCGGAUAAUUAGGUCAAAAGCUUUACGAUGGCUCCAAGGGAUUUUGAAUUUGGAAUCGAAUGGAUACAUGAGCUCCUUCUUAAUCAUUAA